CGUCGUUAAAUCCCCGCAUCCGGGCGGCAGCUCACACCUGCACCCCGCCCGGCGCAGCACCAUGCCUGCCUGCCGCCCCGGCCUUCACGCCGUCCCCCUCCUCCUCGGCCUGCUGCUGCUCGGCCUCUCCCCUGUCCCAGGGCUCCUGGCCCCACUGACCGUCGGCCUCCCAGGCAGAGAAGCGGAGAAAACGGGCGUGUGCCCCCAGCUGCAGGCGGACCUGAACUGUACGCAGGAGUGCCAAUCUGACGCCCAAUGCGCCGACAACCUCAAGUGCUGCCAGGCCGGCUGCGCCACCAUCUGCCACCUGCCCGACGAAAAGCAAGGUUCCUGCCCCCACGUGAACACUGACUUCCCCCAGCUCGGCCUCUGCCAGGACCAGUGCAAGGUGGACAGCCAGUGUCCUGGCCUGUUGAAAUGCUGCUACAAUGGUUGCGGGAAGGUGUCCUGCAUCACUCCCGUCUUCUGAGCUCUAGCCACCACCACCCGAGGAGUGGGGGAGUGGAAGUUUCUGCCCGGCCCUGCCUGGCUCCAGCCCAGCUGGGCUCCCCUCUUUCUGGCCUCUGCACUCCCUCCAGAGCCGAGCACAGCUUCUGUCUUUUCCAACCAAUAAAGUGACCGUUUCCAGCA